GCGGUUCCCCCGGCAACGCCUCGAGCCCACGUCAAAGGCGCCACAGGGGCCCGCGCGAGUGCAGUCACUCCAGCGGCCGGCCGAGCGGCCGCGCCCGGGUGCGAGAUGAACAGGCCCGGGCAUGGCAUCGCCGCGCCCCGGCGUCCUCUCCGCGCCCGGCAGGACGCCUCCCGCGCUCUGGCUCGGCUCCGCGGCGGCCACGGCAGUGGCCGGGAACCGCAGCGAGGCGACCGGCGGCGGCGGGCCCGGGGCACACGGGGCAGCGCUGGCAGCGCAAGCGCUCGUGCUGCUGUUCAUCUUCCUGCUGUCUAGCCUGGGCAACUGCGCCGUGGUGGGGGUGAUCGUCAAGCACCGGCCGCUACGCACGGUCACCAACGCCUUCGUGCUGUCGCUGGCGCUGUCCGACCUGCUCACGGCGCUGCUCUGCCUGCCCGCCGCCUUCCUGGACCUGCUGGCGCCGCCGGGGGGCCCGGGGCCCUGGCGCGGCUUCUGCGCCGCCAGCCGCUUCUUCAGCUCCUGCUGCGGCAUCGUGUCGUCGCUCAGCGUGGCUCUCAUCUCGCUGGACCGCUACUGCGCCAUCGUGCGGCCGCCGCGCGACAAACUGGGCCGCCGCCGUGCGCUGCAGCUGCUGGCGGGAGCCUGGCUGGCGGCGCUGGGCUUCUCGCUGCCCUGGGAGCUGCUGCUCCGGGCGCCCCGCGCGCCCCCUGCCGCCGCCGCCGCCGCCGCCGCCGCCGCGCAGAGCUUCCACGGCUGCCUCUACCGCACCUCGCCAGACCCGGCGCAGCUAGGCUCGGCCUUCAGCGUGGCGCUAGUGGUGGCCUGCUACCUGCUGCCCUUCCUGCUCAUGUGUUUCUGCCACUUCCACAUCUGCAGGGCCGUGCGCCUGUCUGACGUGCGCGUGCGGCCCGUGACCACCCAUGCGCGCGUGCUGCGCUUCUUCAGCGAGGUCCGCACCGCCACCACCGUGCUUAUCAUAAUCGUCUUCGUCAUUGGCUGCUGGGGCCCGUACUGCCUGCUGGUGCUGCUGGCUGCCGCCCGGCAAACACAGACCAGCCGGGCCCCCUCGCUGCUCGACAUGCUGGCCGUGUGGCUGACCUGGGCCAACGGGGCCAUCAACCCGGUCAUCUACGCCGUCCGCAACCCCCACAUCUCUAUGCUCCUGGGGCGCAGCCGCGAGGAAGGUUACCGGACUAGGAACGCGGGCGCCUUCCUAGUCAGCCAGGGCCCGAGUCUGCAGCCUCGGAGCUGCACUCGCCUUCGGAACCGCUACGCCGGCAGGCUGGGGGCCUGCGGCCAGACGUCCUCAUCCCACGCAGUCAGCGGGGCGGGAGGAGAGUUGGCCUUGUGGGCCCACAAAAAUCCGGUUGUGCUUUUCUGCCGGGAGGGACCAACAGAGCCCGGGACAGCAGUGGCCAAACAGCCUAAAUCCGAGGUCCGAGAUACCAGCCUCUGAGAGUUGGGACCGACCGCUUGGGCAAGAAACAAGGCAGCUUUCCGCGGAGACUCGGAUUUCACGACAGUGGAGACAGGAGAGUUACCGCUUCCUGCAUUGUAAAAUACUGGGUUCCCUUCUUCAGAAGUGCCGAAAGGAAUGUAAAUGCAAACAUUAAAGCAAAUCCUAAGCCACACAACCAAGCAUUGUAAAUUGUAAGUGCCAAAAAACAAAACUCAGCCACCACUCAAAAGCUCAUAUUACAAGAAUCACACUGUGAAGCAAACAAAUCACUGAAUGCAGUGUAUGUUGAAACAACAGAGUUUUAGGAAUGAUCCCCAGAGCUGUUGAAGGCCCUUCGAAUCACCAGCACUCCACAAAACGUCAGCUUCCACAACCACAUUCCACAGGCUUCCUGUGCUUAGGUUUGGGAACAGAAAGUUCCUAUUCUUACCUAAAUUGAUGCACUUCUUCCCUAAGCGUGUGAUCUUUGUAGGAAGUUUUAAACUCAGUUCCCAUUUAAAACCAUUUUAGGAUUUUGAAAGGAUGGGUUUAUUAUUAGAUGAAGUGCAGCUAUCUGAAGGGCAAAUGCAAGAAAAACGGCUGUUUUUAAAAAGUGUUUCAGGGGCUGGGGAUUUAGCUCAGCGGCGUAAGUACCUGCCUUGCAAGCAGGCGGUCGGGAGUUCGAUGCCUGGUACCAAUGAAAAUGAAAAAGAAAAAAUGUAACUAAAAAAAGUGUUUCUCGAAGCUGGGGAUUAACUCAGUGCUGGAGUGCUGGCCUGGCUGAGCACAAGUCCCUGCCGUUGAUCCUCAACCUUGUAGGAUAAAAAGUAAAGUAUUCCAAGAUUAUUCAUACAAAUUACUGUCCUUUCUACCUCUAGCCCCCAAAUUAUCUGCCUCUGGAAACGUGAAGGCUUUGUCCUUAUUCUAACCUGUUGCUCUGUUUCCUUUUAGGGUGCCACUGUCAGAAUGCUUUCAUAAUAUAAAAAAAUUUAUAAUAGAAAUUUUUGUUUCUUUUGUGGUAAAUUUGAUGUUAAACUAAUAUGAAGUUAAAUUGAUUGAAUAAGGUGACUAUUCUGUAAAGUAACAAGUUGACUUUCCUAUAUGACUUUUUACUUAACUAAAGGGGAUUCCAAAGAGAAAGUCUAAGAGUAAUUCGAGAGAUGGCCACAUUCUUAGAAUCGGGUAGAACUGUCUCAGAAGUCCUGUCCUUCCACAUUUGUAACUUUGUGUAUUUUUAAUAGCCGAUUGCUGCUUUAUGGUUAUGACUUUUAUACAAUCGUCUUCAUUUGGAAGUGAAUGUAGGUGUCAGACUGUUAUGUGGAGUAGGGUUUAUGGAGCAAAGCUGGAGAGAUUCCUCAGCAAACUAAAAAUAGCUGCAGAAAUGUGCACAACAAAGAUGUUUCUAUAGUAAUUUAAAAGUGCAAUCUAGGGGGCUGGGGAUUUAGCUCAGCGGCAUAAGCGCCUUCCUUGCAAGCAGGCAGUCGUCCUGAGUUCCAUCCCCGGCACCGAUACAAAGGAAAAAGACAAAAAAAAAAAAAAAGUGCAAUCUAGGACUUGUGUAUGUGAAAUUUCUCACAUCGAAUGCCACUGUACACUGAAUUGCUCACAUUUCAAAGUGAUCUCCUGUUUAUCCUUGUUUUCUUCCCUACCAUCUUGUUCCUCUUCUCUUCAGCGUCUCAUGGCCUUAAUUGAAUGAGUCCUUUGACCUAGUUAUGAAAAGACAUUGCCUGUCACAUAAAGAUUUCCAUGUGAAAUAACCAGCAUUUUUUUCUUGUAAGGUGUUUAAGGGUGUUUGUCAGUAUUUAAGUCUUUGUGUGACACGUUAUUAUUUUGUAAUCAAGGCUGGAAAUACAGGAUUCCUGUCAGAACAAA